AUGGUUGAUCAAACGCAAGAAAUAAAUAAAAAAACCGCUUGGGAAUUGGCAACAAACGCCCCGGAAAAUUCUUCUUCUCAAGAAUUUCGGUUACCAUUGGAAAUGACAUUUAAUGAAGGACACGUUGUGUCCAUUGUCACAUAUAGUAUCCUUAUGGUUAUAGCAGCUGUUGGAAACAUAACAGUCCUUGUUAUCCUUUUAAAAAGAAGAAAAAGCAUGAGAUCUCGAAUUAAUACGAUGGUCAUGCAUUUAGCCAUAGCAGAUCUCAUGGUGACAUUUUUACUUAUGCCUUUGGAAAUCGGUUGGGCAUCUACGGUUUCAUGGAAAGGCGGUGAUGCACUUUGCAGGAUAAUGGCUUUCUUUCGUACUUUUGGUUUAUACCUUUCUAGUUUUGUUUUGAUAUGCAUAAGCAUUGAUAGAUAUUAUGCUGUUUUAAAACCUUUAAGCCUUUGUCAUUUUGAUAAAAGAGGAAGAAUAAUGUUGGCAGUUGCUUGGGUAGCUUCGACUCUUUGCAGUAUGCCCCAGAUGAUGAUUUUUCACGUUGCCAAACAUCCCAAUUACACGUCAUACGAACAAUGCGUCAUAUUUAAUUCAUUUCCGAAUGAAUUUUGGGAAUUAGUUUAUAAAUAUUUCGGUUUGAUAAUGAUGUACCUUUUACCACUCGUCGUUAUAUUAUUCACAUAUUCUUCUAUAUUAUUAAAAAUAUAUAAAAAAUUUCGAGAAUGUCAAGAUGAAGGAACGUGUUUUCGUAGAUCAAAUGCUGGAUUUUUCGGUAGGGCUAAAAUUCGAACGUUAAAAAUGACAAUAACGAUCGUUUUCGUAUUCAUUAUUUGUUGGACGCCAUAUUACGUUAUGUGUUUAUGGUAUUGGUACGAUAAAGAAUCAGCAAAAUUAGUAGAUCAAAGAAUUCAAAAAGGUCUUUUCCUAUUUGCGAGCACGAAUUCAUGCAUGAAUCCAAUAGUUUAUGGAAUCUUUAAUAUUCGGGCAAAAGGAGGAAAGGAAAAUUCAAAUUCUGCUCUUGCUUGCCACAACAGCACUAAAAUAUCCUUAUCCGUAUCCCUAUCAUCUCAUUAA